ACGAAGUCUGUUGCCACCACUGCGCCGACACGACGUGUGUUGUGGGGCGCGGGCCUUCAGCAGGCCGCAUGGAUGGAUGGUUGUCGUCUUUGGCGCGUCAGCCCGGCAUGCGGUGUGUGUGGUCCCGGCGGGCUGUGGGUGUUUAUGGACACGUGUGUGGCCCACAGCUCGUGUGGAUGGUGCGCUGCUGGGGGCAAGGGCCCGCUUCCCAUCGCCAGCGAAGCCCAAUGCAAGCCCCGCAGCAUUGCGGGGCGCCGCAGCCGGGCGUGCGUGGGGAAGCAGGCACAGACUUGCGGGGGUGGGGGUGGCUCGCUGACGUGCGUGCGUGCGAGUUGAUUAGCUAGGCCAGGCAGGUAUUACACAGCAGGCGGUAUGAAGCGCAGGUAGAUUGUGUGAAGGCGGUGCUUGGUGCCCGGGCAUUACAACUGAGUUUAGCCCCAUUGCCUUAGGGCCAGUGCCGUGCGUAUGGCUUUUCUGGAUCCCAGUGACCCCGGCGCGCGACGAACACCAUUAUACGUUUGCGCACGGCACUGGGUAAAGGGAGCGGCGGUGAGGAUUGGUGCGGAUUAAUGCGGAUUAAUGCGGGGAAUUGUGGUGGUGGUGGCGCGCGGCAGGGACUGCUAUGCCAGAGCAGCAGUGCCAUAAGGAAAACCAUUAAUAUGGAUUUCGGUAGUGCAGAAGGAAUUAUUACGGAAGUGACGAGCUAUAGGUGGUCUAAGUGCGUGGAGCCGGAUCGCGUGAGGAAACACAAGCGACUGGCUUAGCUGCUGUGUGAUCUUCAUAUCUUUUGAGUUAGGGGCCAGGCUUGACCCUGCCAAUUGGGUGCCUGCGUCCAAGACGUGCGUGCGUGCCGAGGUUGCCGUACCGUGCAGCGUGUCGGAAGCUGGGGCGUGUGGACUUAUUUUCAUCCGAAUCUUGCAGCCGAAUCUCAUAUGUGUCAUUACCGUAGGGCGAGUGAGAGUGCUGGGGGUUUGCAAGGGGCCACGGCGAGGCUUGUAGCCAGAACUGUGCAUGUGUGGGGUGGGGGUGGGGGGGUGUCAAUGCCCAACACGGCAUACGGGCGAGUGUGAGCGUGUGAGAGGGAUAUUGAAAGGAGGUCGGUUUUUUUGCCAGGCACGUAGCAAGGCGAAGUACAAAGGCGACGAAAGCUUCGGGGGCGCAUCCCGCGUUGGGACGCCGAGUGGGCAGGACCAUUACCAGAUUACACAAGGCGCUUCAAGGAGUGAUGGUGCCCCGAGGCUGUAGCUAGCAUAGCACGUGCUGUUUGCUGAUCCUCCAACUGUGCUUACAUACCUACGACACUGCAAAUUAGCAUCUGCGGGAUGGAAGCUGUGGGGGUUGGAGGCGGAAAUUUAUGCUUCGUAGGUUCACACAAGGUACCUGCGGGUGGGCUUCAGGUGGUUGACGCGGAUGCAGUUGCACGACUUUGCGUUUUGGAUUGAAUGGUCAUGCCUUGAUGGGCUGCAUCGUUGUCUGUCUGCUCGAAGCGCAAGCGACAUCACUACGGACUUCGUAGACGAAUUGACUCCUUCAAGCCUAAACCCGGAAAUAUUGGGGUGGAUUGUGUGGUGCAAAAGGCACGCAAAAAACAAAAAAAUGCCAGGACAGAGUGAUUGCAGUGCCUCGGCGUUGGCAGGUUCAGCGCAUUACUGCCGGUUUUGCUUCAUACGUGGCCAAAAAUUGGAUAGGGCACGAUUGCGUGCAAUGGCUAGCUGCCUUUUGGUGAUGCCGUUCCAGUUAAAAGGUGUCUGUGUGGUUGAUAAGUGCGUGCCGCAAGCAAUGAUUGAUGAUUCAGUCCUUGCGUGUUUAUCAUAGGUCAUAAAGAAAGCGCACCGCGCGCAUGAAGUAUAGACCAGACCAGACUCGUAACCUUCGAUGCAAUCUUCCCGGACUUGCCCGGAGCUUGCACAGGGCCAGGUGGGCCCUGCUAGACGGGGCGUGGUGGCUGCCGCUUGGGUGUGCGCGUUUCAAGCAACCUGUGUGCCCACGCGGUGUGUGGACGCCCGCUGUUUGGCGCGGUGCCCGCCGCACGGCACAUCCUGAGGUGCUCAACAGCCGUAGGUCAGGCAGGUUACCCAGGCAGGCCCGCUCAUUGCAGUGGCGGUAAUGCGGUUGCGUUGGCGGUGUUUGCAAGUUUUGUGCAAGCGGCUGGUUCAAAAGGUGGCGCCGGCCCGUGCAUCAUUGAAUGGGGUGCACGGCCUCUUCCAGGACCAUUGCCGCGUCAAAGACGGGAACGAAGAAUGUACGGUCCCUUAUGUGGACUGGUCGGGACUCGGGCCGCAAGGCACGUUUGACUUUUUGACGCUGUGGGAUGCGGUAGUUAUUACCCGCCCCAUGGUGCUGCUUUUGCGCGUCGUUUUGCGGAUAUCGAGAGCCGCUGUGCCGGGGAGAAAGGAGGGUGGGCUUGCUUGUGGCAGCGGUGAGCACUGAUUGCCACGCAGCCAUGCGGCGCUGUCGCUCUACAAGUCACACGUGGCGUGUUUGCACUGCAUUUUCUUUGUGGCGUGGAGAGGCUGCCCCAGGGCAAGCCAGUGGCAGAAUAUGUCACGGGCUGCCCGUGUGAGAGAGCUUCAUCAAAGUCUAGCUAGGCCAUGAUACAGAACUGUACAGGUCUCUACUUUCGUAUCAUUUCUGCUGGGCGGAAAGGUUGCACAAGCCGCAACAAAGUGGUUUCACAGGGGUGUGGCGCCCUCUGCAUUUCCCUUGCAUAUGUCCGGAAUGUCGCCGCUUUUGCUAACAUACCAUGCGAGCGAGGUAGAAGAAUAGCUGAGGUUUGGGUGUGGCGCUUGUCUAGACGGGCGCUUUCGCCCUUUCCGGCGGCAAGCAGUGGGAUGGAAAAAGUGGUGGUGAGGUACGUCCAUAUUCUUUUGUAGGGGUGGGGGCAGGACGCAAGGCCCCACUGAUGUGUGUGCUUUUGUCGCUCUAAUGCCAUGAAGAGUUGCCUAAGGGAGCUGUGCUCCUCAUUUCUUAGUAGCAGUAGGGCUUGCAUCCUAGGGUAGCGGGUCACACGUUUUCGUCUUAAAGCAUGUGUGGCGGCACGGGUACAAAGAGUACAAUAUCACAGCCGCCGCUGCCUCUGCAAGAGAGCGCGCGGCGGCGCCGGCCAAUUCACCUCCAUGUGUGCUUGUUGUUAGCUGUAGCCAUAGCCAGUAGUAAUGUAGGAAGUUGUGGUACUCAGUGCGCCAAGUUCUAGUGCACGGUCAUGCACCUUGUAACGGAUGCGCGAU